CCUCUAGAAGGACUGGAACUCUUCUAAAGAGGGAGAUUCCGGCAUAUUUGGCUGUACGCAAAUACUCAAGCAAAUCCCUGAAAUGAUAUAUUCUCGAAGCGUCACCGAUUGUCCCGUUGGCAGCUCGUUCUACACUUGCAACAAAAAUAGUUUUUAUGGAUGUUGCUCGUGGGAUCCCUGCGAUGCCGUAGAAGGUUGUUUAGAAGUGAGUUCACCAGUUCCUACGCCCACUGCUCGAUCAACAUCCUUCGCAACGUCAACACUUUUUGUCCCUGAAACCGCAACGUCUAUCGCUUCGGCGUUUUUGCCGAAAUCAACAGCCGUGAAGCCCGACAAUGACAAUCCUCAAACAAAAGACACCCCUCAAUUGCAUAAAUCCUUGGCAAUUGGAUUGGGUGUUGCAUUGAUCUCAAUACUCCUCUUGGCGAUCUGGCUUGUGCUGCUUCAUAAGUCUCGCAACCAGGCUCAUCAACAUACCGGUUUGACUUCAAACUCUUGUGCGAUUUUGUUGCCAUCUGAACUAUCCCAAUCAAACUGACAAAUUUUAAGCUGCAAGUCAUCUCGGAACGGAC